UGGAGACAUGACAUCAACCAAGAAACUUGAAGAGAUGAACUCCAAUGAGAACCUCCAAGCACAUGCAAUCUCUUUUUGAUAAAAAGGUAAGGCUCCCUUGUUUGGAGAGAUUGCAAAUCAGUUAUGCUGAUGAAUUGGUAAAAAUAUGGGACGAUCAGGUCUCUUUGGAUUGUUUCAGCAGUUUAAAUCGUGUGUUUGUACGGUUUUGUAAAAAACUUGUAAAUGUUUUUCCACCUAUCAUGCUUGAGAGACACCCAGAACUAGAGAUGCUGGAAGUGCAAAAUUGUGAUUCAGUUGAAGAGAUAUUUGAAGUGCUUGAGAAAAGAUCUGGCAUGGUGGAGGAAAUUGUUGCCAAUGAAGAAGCAGGUCAUAAAUUUGUGUUCUCCAACUUAACAAGGUUGAAUUUACAGAUGCUUCCAAGUCUCAAAAGUCUGUACCCAAAAAAACAUAUUUCAGAGUGGCCGGUUUUAUACAAGUUGAAGGUAAAUGGAUGUAACAAUGUGGAGACUUUAGCUUCAAAAUUUCUGACCAUCAGAGAGACUCAUGGGCAGAGUCAAAAUGAGACCCCAAAUCAAAAACCACUAUUCUUGGUUGACAAGGAUGGAUUCCCAAGAUUGGAAGAGCUUGAGUUAUGUGAAAUGCCCAGAUUGUUGCAUCUAUGGAGAGGAAAUCCUCAACCUAGCAAUGCUUUUCUAAAUCUGAAGACUCUAAAACUAUCAGAAUGUGGCAGUUUAGAUAAUUCAUGGUCAUCAUCGGUGUCUUUCCAAAAUUUGGUGAGUUUGCAAGUAUCAAAGUGUGAUGGAUUGAGAUAUUUACUGAGCCUCUCAAAAGCUAAAACUCUGAAGUGGCUUACAAGUAUGAAUAUAUCUGAGUGCAAAAUGAUGGAUCAAAUUAUAUCCACUUUGGAGGGUGAAGUGGUGGAGGAUUCAAUUGCUUUCAACUAUUUGAAUAAUUUGGAAAUUCAUUGUUUACCAAGCCUUACAAGCUUUUGUGGUGGAGAUAUUAGUCUUGAAUUUCCAUCAUUGAGAAAAGUAAUUGUCAAACAAUGCUUGAAGAUGGAGACUUUUUGUCUUGGAGUUUUAAGCACGCCAAAGCUACAAACAUUACAGUUGAUAGAAGGAGAGGAGGAAGUUGAAGAAUGUGGGGAAGGCAACCCUGAACUUAAUUCUGCCAUACAACAAUUUUUCAAUAAAAGGGUAUGUAUUGAUUCACAAAAUUAUCACGUGCAUUUCCCUUGCACUUUCUGA